AUGGCUUUAAUAUUACUCAAAAAUACCAUGUCCCUCAUUACUCGUGAUUUGCUCAGUCAUCAUUCCUCCAAACAAUCAAAACUUCCUGACUUGAAGUUGGAAAAAGAUUAUCUCCAAAGAUGUCCAUCCACAAACACAAACCGAGCCAUUGAUCAAACUGUUUCUAACCUUCAAGACCUCAACCAACCUCCACUAAACCUCUUGGACGAUACCAAUUUAGACCUUAAACUUGUAUCAUUGUCGGCAUCAUCACCACCUUACACGCUUGGUGAAGUUAAAUUUGCACUCGAAAGAGCCGAAAAAGAACACACCAAAAAACGGUCUAUUUCAAUGUCGAAAUCAUUCAUAGACACACAUGUUGAUGAUGAAACUUAUGCUGCAGGAUGCCCAAGUUGUUUGCUUUAUGUGCUUAUAUCUAGUAGAAAUCCUAAAUGUCCCCGGUGCAACAUGACCGUACCAUUUCCUUUUACAAAUUCGAAGAAACCUCGUAUUGAUCUUAACAUAACCAUAUGACCUAGAUGAUCAUACCUAUUAGUCAUCAUGAUGGUUUAACUUUGAUUUAGUGUUUUGUUAAUAAUCUUUUUGUUUUGAAUGCUAUGAUGAAAGAA